AUGGACAGAGCAUUCCACGGCCUCAUUGGAGGACAUUGCUUCGUUUAUAUCGAUGACAUAGUCACAUUUGGAAACACAAUUCAGGAGUACAAUCAUAACCUUGAAUUGGUUCUACAACGUAUCACUGAUCUAGGACUAAAAUUAGGGCCUACAAAAUGUGAAUAUUUGAAACCAGAAUUGGAAUAUUUGGCAUUGACACAAAAAGAAACACCAUUUAAUUGGACAUCAAACUGCGAAAAAGCCUUUCAAACUCUAAAAAAUGCCCUAACAUCUGCGCCAGUAUUAAGAUUCCCAGAUUUUAAAAAGAAAUUUAUUUUAACAACCGAUGCCUUCAAUUACGGACUAGGGGCAGUCCUUUCUCAGGAGGGGCAUCAGUGCCUGUUUAUAUCGAGAACUCUAAAUAAAGCGGAAGAGAACUAUACGACCAGUCAGAAAGAGUUGUUAGCCAUUGUAUGGGCCGUUAAGCGUUUAAGGCAAUACCUAUUAGGAAAGAAAUUCCCUAUCCAAACUGACCACAAAGCAUUGAUUUGGCUACAUAACGUAAAAGAUCCUAGUUCCCGAUUAUUAAGGUGGAGACUAAGACUUGAAGAAUACGUAUACGAAAUCGAAUACGUGAAAGGAAAGGAAAAUAAAGUAGCUGAUUGUUUAUCGCGACUAUUCCCCAUCCAGGAAAAAGACGUAGGACAAAUAUUUGCCAUAACCAAAGACUCUUUACAAAGAGCAAUGAAAAGCGCAGGAAUACCAAACGAAAAAGCAGAAGAAGAAAAUCUAGAAGAACUAUUACCGGAAUUAGAAAUAUUCGAUACGCCAAUGAAGGUCAGUCUAUCCCUACUGACAAUGAUAACCCUGGUUAAAGCUCAAGUGAGAAUCGAGCCACUGACGACUAACCUAUAUAAAGAGAAACUCGGUUUAGCUACUAUUUACGAAGAACAAUGGAUACUGAUAAUCGGAAUUAACCUCACCAAUACUCAUGAGAGAAUAUAUAACAUUAACAAAUUAAAGGACUUUUUAGUCCAAAAUUACGAUAAUACAUUAUCCCAAAACGACAUAGAUCAAGUUGACUAUGAAUUUGAUCAAGUCUAUUCGAAUAAUAAAAAGGUGGCCGAAAUUGUCAAAAAUAACACGAAGAUCAUUAAACUAAUUCUUGAUGGUUCCUCACAAGAUAUGCAAAGUCUUAACGGCAGGCUCAUGGCCGAAAGUCAAUUAAUGAAGCAAUUAGUAAACUCGUCAAAUGAAAACCGAAAACAACUCCUAUUACAGAAUAAGAUAACAACCUUAGAGAUCUUCAUCUCCGAGAUGAGUGAAGACCUGUCGACCGCUUUAAACGCAAUUAACAUCGGUAAACAUGGAAUGAUGGAACCAACAAUAGUCACACCCGCAAUACUAAAAUCCACCAUCCAAGAAUUCGAAACUCAGUAUCAGACAAGAUACCACUUUGAAGGACAAGAAACUAACUAUCAAAGAAUAAUUGACUCAGCAGAUAUCAAUAUACUGACAAAAAAAGAUUGUGUUUACAUCAACGACGCAGUUUCUUUAGAUCAAUCUGUAUGGGAGUCACUUGAGCUAACUCAUAAAGAUACAAUUCUGGUGAGGAACACGGCUGUUGCUAUUUGGGGCGAACAUCUAAAAAAUAAAUGUUUAGAUAUGAAGGCGCAGGCGCGAGAGGCCGGGCACAGAGAUCACUCUGCGAGCCGCAGAAAUUGA